AUGAAUCGGGUGAUUGGAAGCAUUAUGCCUAGCAAGACGAAUGGCGCACCGAACGGAACGGCUGAACGUUCCUUUGUUAACUUUGAUCCGGAAGAUCCGGAAUAUAUCAAGGAAUUGCAAAGGCCAGCAGCCAUCAAGGAAGAUUUAUCUGAAAUGGAAAGGCGAAAACGGGUGCAAGAAGUAUUAGAAUCGAAAAGUUUCUGCAAAGAACUAGAGGAAUUAAUCAAGCAGGAAAGUGAAAGCCAUAAAAGUGAUCCAGAUCAUUUGAAAACUUUGCAGCGGCUUUCUGAACUUACCCUUCCACAUGGCCAAAUUGCAGCGUCCAGUCUUCAUAAUAUUGGAGGUGGAGCUGUAUUACCCAUUGCCGAUCUCAAAGGAAGUGACAGUUACACGCGGACUGAAAAACUAUUCAGGAAUAAAUUAGCUUCACUAUAUCGUUUAGUGGAUCUUUUCCAGUGGUCGCAGGGAAUUUAUAACCAUAUUACGCUGAAGUUACCAGAUUCAGACGAACUACUGAUCAAUCCAUUCGGAUUGUUGUACCAUGAAAUUACAGCCAGUUCGUUGAUAAAAAUCAAUAUUAAUGGCGAAAUCAUUGAUCGUGGAUCCACCAAACUAGGAAUCAAUGAAGCAGGCUAUGUUCUGCAUGCAGCAAUUCACAAAGCACGCCCCGACGUGAAAUGCGUGUUGCACAUGCAUACUGCUGUUGUUUCUGCAAUUUCAUCGAUGAAAUGCGGUCUUCUGCCACUCUCUCAGGAAGCAAUGAUCAUUGGUCCUGUAGGUUACCAUGACUACCAGGGUAUAUUGAAUGAUGAGUCUGAAAUGGAAUCAAUCGUCAAAGAUCUUGGCGAUAAAAAUGUGAUGUUAUUGCGGAAUCAUGGAUUUGUAGCAUGUGGCGAAUCUGUUGAGGAUGCUCUCCAUCUUGCUUUCAAUGCAGUUAUCGCUUGUGAAACUCAGGCACGCCUGGCUUUUUGUGUUUUCAUACUACGUACGAAUGGAUAUUUGGUAUGUUGUGAAACGGUUGAGGAAGCAGUAUAUGUGAUAAGAAACUUGGUCACAGCUUGCGAUCAUCAGAUUAGAGCUGCAAGAGCCGGUAUCGAAAAUCUCGUAAUACCUGAUGGAAAAGCCGUUGAAAGAGCGUACAUGACAGCACGAAAAGGCGGAGGUGGUGUCAGUGGUGCAAAAGACGCGGAAGGAAAGCAAAUUAGCUGGAGGAUUGGUGAAUUGGAAUGGGAAGCAUGGAUGCGUGUACUUGAUAAUGCGGGCUAUCGAACGGGUCAUAUCUAUCGGCAACCACUUUUUCGUUCGAGGACACUUCCUUCAUCGACAAAUAAUCAAAAUGAUGUUGCUGUUCCACCUAGCGCCUCGUCAAUUGGCACCGUGGAUGAAUCUGAUUAUGAAUCGGUGACUGCGCAUAAAAUGGCGCUGUUGCGUAAAGAACAGGAACGGUCUCGGUGGUUGAAUUCACCGAAUGCGUACCAGAAAAUCGAAAUCUUGGAAACGGGCACCAAUAAUCCGAAAAGGAUUACGAAGUGGGUACAAGAUGUUGGUUCACCAUCUCAGAGUGGAACGCCAGUUAAAAUCUCUUCACCACACCAGUUCAGUCCUUUCUCUGCAAAUCCAAAGGAAUUCAAAGAAAAGCAGAAAGCAAUCAAAGAAAAUCGUCGAUUGGGAACAACUUCAGCAGGCCCACAAUCCCAAAUUUUGGAUGGAGUCACAUAUGAAGAGAUUGCACAAAUGCGGGCGGACGCAGAAACCAGUGGUAUGGGUCAGGCAGAUCGCGUGGUCAUGAUCGGUACUGCCAGCAAAGGUAUAAUUGAUCGGCAGCAUCAGCAUAAUGCACAGGUUUAUCGACAGCUAUAUGCACCGAAUCCGUUUGCUAGUGAAACAGACGAAGAUAUUCAGAAGUAUAUGAAGGAAGUUGAAGCAAAAACUCCAAGAUCAAGUUCUGCUGCCGAUAGUACUGAACAUACGACAUCCAGUCCACCAUUAUAUGAAAACGACAGUCCCUCUGUUGAAACAAUAUCCUUGAUGCAAGCAGCUCGAGAACACCGCACACGUCCUACGUUUAGUGGCAUGACUUCUGCUUCGAUUGAUGAAGAAGGAGAAAUUUCUUUUGGUGCUCAUUCGCUUCCUGUUACGCAGCCUUCUACUGGCAGAGUUGGUCGUCUUACGUUGGAAACCACUUUCGAUGAGUCUGAUUCACCACAGAGUCGUUUUGUAUGCAGUUCGCCCUUUGUAUCUUCAACGCUACCUUAUCGUCAGUGCUUGUUUCUUGCUUUUUUCCAAUCUGGUUGGCAACUGAUCUUACAUCCAUUCUAUGCUGCUCGUAAAUACUAUUUGUAUUGUGAUCGCAUGAUUGUUUGUUUGUUUUUAUUUUGGGUCGCUCGUCGCAUGGUUAUUCCCCUGAUGGUGAAGCAGUUCUUCUGGAGCGGCCAAAGACACUACCGUCAGAAGCGAAGAAAUGAUACUGCAGUACGAAAUUCAGAAAUGGCACUGUCUGAUGACGAGGCAUAUACCGUAAUGGUCAUUGGACAACAACCGUAUGACUGUUUCCAGAAGAAAUGUUCGGUUAAGGUGAGCCGAACAUUGGAAACAUAUAUGAGUGGCAGUAAUAUACCAUUAGAGGGUCGUACUCGUUUACCUGGCAAAAUACAGGAUUGCAUUCAGGAUUGCGGUUUGAUUAUUUCUCAUAUACAGGUUGCAUCACGUUCAAAUGAGGCUUGUAUUUUAUUAUAA